AUGGCAUGCCGGCGGCCCCCCGGCCUGCCCCCGGUGCCAGGGCUGCCCCUGCCCGGGCUACCGCCGCUGCUCCCGCUGCUGCUGCUGCUGGUCCUGCCGCUCCUGCCAACGUCGCUGCAGCCCCUGCCCGGCGCGCCUCCAGGAGUUACCUGCCCCACCCCCCAGCCGGUUAAGAACGCCAACAUCCAGGUGAAGAAUCACCAGAUGAAAUCCAGGGAGCGUUACGUGUGCAGCACUGGCUUCAAGCGGAAAGCCGGGACCUCCAGCCUCAUCCAGUGUGUGUUCAACGAGUCGACGGGCACUGCCCACUGGACAAAUCCCAACAUCGAGUGCAUCCGGGAUCCCACCAUGGGCCACCUCAUGACAUCUUCACCCUUGGAAGUAACGUCCACGGCCAUGACGCUGGGGCCAGAGACCCCCACCUCGCCCAGAGAAGACUUCCCUGGAGAAUCAGAGGCGUCCACAACACCCAACAAGCCAGAAAGUACGGCGGUUACCAAAGCGGUCCCAGUGCCGGACUCAGCCUCCUGGCCACCAUCCACUUCCCCAACCUCUUCUGCACCGCCAGGGGCCACCUCGCAGCCAGGGCUCCCGCAGACUCCAUCAGAAACACCUUCUACCACCAUCAUCACCACCACCACCAUCACUCGUACCACCACCAUCACCACCACCAGAAACCGGUUCUCGACAGCCACGGCUCAGCCGACAUCACAGAUCAAGGCACAGACCUUCCCUGGCACCCACAGUGCAUCAGGGAUUCAGCAGUACGUGUCCGCCUCUGUCACAAGCCUGGUCAUUGGUGUAUUCCUGCUUGGCUUAUAUUGGGCAUGUAAGCAGAGAUGCCCCUUCCCCAAAUUGCUGAGUGCCCCAGAGGAGAUUCCAAUGACUGGGGACCCCAGCAACCAGGACGAAGAUGCUGAAGACCCCAGGCCCGACCCGUGACAUACAGAGAAUCAAGGCUGUUCCCCGUCCCCUCCAAGCCCUGCUCUAACAGGACAAGGUGCAAUGGACCCAUGGGUUCGCAGAGGAAGAGAAGAGGUUCUCCAGGCCUACAAACACCUCAGGUGGCCAAGAUGGGGGUCGAUUUCCCCCCAGCAAUGGCUUGGUGGGCACAGCAUCUGGGAAGUGCAAAGUGGGAAGCUGCCGGGGUGUGGAGACGGAGGGGAGUGGGAAAUUCCACAUUCAGGAAACCAAGGCCCUUGUUGCCGUACUGUGAUAUUCAGGGUGAGUGGACCCAGCUCAGGUGCCCCUCCCUGCUAAAUUUUCCCUGGGGAUUUACUCAGAGGGUCAGCCUAGGGGCUGCUAAUGUGCUAGCAAAUCUCCUUCCUCCCUCCGCCUUCCACCCCAAACUGGCCCUGGGUUGGUUCAUGGGUGGCACUGGUUGCUCUCAGGGCAUUUCAUUCCUUAAGGGCAUCACUCCAGGGCUGGCCGGGCACCUAAGUGAGGAGAGCCCUCUUGGGACCUCAAGAACUCGGAAAGAGGCCCCACCUCCAACAACCCUUAUAUUUUAUAUAUUUUUAUACAUGCUUGUGUAAAUACAGAUUUAUACUUUUAAAGAAUGCUUUCUAUUGAGAAAAUAAAAAUUCUAUUUUCCAUA